UGAAAAAUUUCUUUUUUUUUUAAUUUUCUCUUAAAAAAUGUAGGAUGAAAAUAUUCACUUAAGGUUAGUACAAUGAGUACUACAUUAUGCAUUUUGAAGUACCUUUUUUUUCAUAUAAUAGCUCGUCUUCGUCUAAAAAACUACAUAUUUUGAUCAAUAAAUCAUAUAUAUAAGUUUGUCAUAGAUGUCAUCGAUUUACUGAGAGAAGUCGAAACUUCCCACAUGAACAAGUAAUUACAAGUAUAGAAAAAUCCAUUAUUGGAAUGUAUAAAACAAAUAAAUAAAGUCUUCUAAUUAAAUUCAAGAAUAGUUGAAUAAACAACUGCUAAUUUAUAUUGUAAAUUAAUUUAUUUUAACUAUAUAUCAACACGUAUAUGAAAAAAUAUUUAUAUUAAUCAAUACAUUGUUAUACCAAUAUAUUUUUUAUAAUUGCCUUUUUGUCCUUCAUCAAUCAUUAAAUUGUUUCAUUAUGAUACAGUUAUAAUAUCAAAUUUAUACUAUACACCUCAGUUAACAACAAUGAUAGCUCUUCCCAUUUUUUUGUAAUCAAGGUCAUAUAAUAUAUAUAUACUGAUUCAUAUGUUUGUUAUUGUUAGAAUAAAAAUCAUAUUCAUUGAUUUGAGAAGCUAUUUAAGAAAUGAUUUGUAUAAUUGCUGUUGUUAUUGUCGCUAUGUUAUCAUGCCUAGUUUCGCGACAUUGAUUUUGUCACAUAUGGUCAAUAACAUUGAUAUUUACUUGUUUUUUUUUCUAUUUCUACAUACCAAAAUCACAAACGAUAUUACCGAUUGGUUUUUUUUUCUAUUUUUCUUCUCCUAUGUUUGAUAUUUUUAUUUUUGGUUUCAUUUCAGCUCACAACCUCCUAAUAAAAACAUAUCGUGCAACAAUAAUACAACAAAAGAAUCAGAUCGUGAUAAAAUUAAUAAAAUACUUACCGAAUUUGGUCUCGAUCCCAGUGAUUAUAUCUUUCAAUCAUCGCAAGAUCUAAUACCUGAUCAUCCUUCUGUUGCAUCCAAAUCUCAAUCACCAACACAAACCUUAAAUUUUCAACUACCAACAUUAAUUACAUCAGGUCGAUCAUUUUCAUACGUUCAACAACCUCCUCCUCCUCCACCACCAGUAAUUAAUCGUCAACAAUUUAAACCACAAUCGCCUAACGAUAUGAGUCAACAAGAAUUUUCUUCACGACGAAUGCCACCACCACCUCCUUCAGUUAACACCAAUACAGAUGAUUCAAAUUUAAAUGCCGAAUAUUAUUUAAACAAGAUUAAUUCACUUGAUAAUCCACCUGUUAAAGUAGUUAAACCAAAUGCAGAAAAUCUUGUCUAUCGAAAGGAGAUUCGUAUUCGUUAUUUACAACCUCCUACACCUCCACCACCAGCACCAAUUAUUAUUCGAGAAAAACAAUUACCACCAAAGCCGCCGGAAUCGCCACUUCUUAUACGUGAAAGAAAACCAGAACCACCUACACCACCACCAUUAACUAUUCGUGAACGGCCACCAACUCCACCGGUACCAGUAGAACCUUAUAUCAUCGAUAAACCUUUACCACCACCUCCACCACAACCUCGUCCAAUAAUAAUCGAACGUUUACCAACUCCUCCACCUAAACCUCGUACAGUCAUAUUUGAAAAAUGGUUACCUUAUAAAAAAGUCAAACGUCCUAUUCUAUUAGAAAAAGCUCCACAAUUACCACCUACUAAACCAACACGUAAUGUUAUUAUUGAAUAUGAACCAUUAAAAGCUUAUACAGUACGACGUGUAAUUGAAGAAGGUAUUUUUCGUGUUGAUCCAAAUCAAUAUUCAAAGUAUUAUGCACAUGAAACAGAUGGAAAUGUACGUAUUGUUGAUCGUAUUGAUGAUUUACCACCACCUAGUGAAGAAUUAAUGCGUGUAAUAAAAAAUUAUAAUCAACAGAAUUCAUCUGAUUAUAAUACAGAUUUAUUAUCAAAUAGUGAUCCAUUAAUGAAUGUAACACAUUCAUCAAAUAUAACAGUUCCUCGACAAGAACGAGUUCGUACACCAGGUUAUAAUUCAUCAAAUCCUAGUCCAACUAAUCUACAAUCUCAAUUUUCACAAUUGAGAAAUUUAAAUCGUUCAUCACAAUAUCGUACGCCUGAUGACAGUCCAUUAACAUUAAAGCCUGAAGAUGUUUAUUAA